AUGGCAGCUGACGAUAAUUGGCAGACGGAACUUCCAACUCUCGUCAAAAGAACUGCCUUCAUUUUCAACAACGAGAUAUUGAGCGAUGUGAAGUUUGUUGUUCCUGUGUCGACUGGUGAAAGUGAAAGUAAGAAGGUGAUCCCAGCUCACAAGUUUGUGCUCGCAAUCAGUAGUCCCGUGUUCUUUGCCAUGUUCUAUGGUCUAAUGGCGGAGACUAAAGACUCUAUUGAACUGCCUGACUGUGAGUACGAGAGUCUGUUGGAGUUGUUUCGUUUCUUGUACACCGACAAAGUGAAUUUAAGCGGAAGUAAUGUGAUGCAAGUGCUGUACUUAGCGAACAAAUAUCUGGUGCCCUCGCUUGUCAAGAAAUGCAAAGAAUAUCUUCGAAGCAACCUGAUAGCAUCGAACGUGUUUUGUAUUCUGCCACACGCACAGAAAUUUGAGGAUAAAGACUUAGAAGAUCGAUGCUGGAAUGUAAUUGAGGAGAAGACCGAAGAAGCGAUGACGUCAGAUAAAUUUGUUACAGUUGAGCGAUCAGUAGUCGAGUCUGUUGUGAAGAGAGAAUUGUUAAAUGUGACGGAAGUGGAACUGUUCAAAGCUGUUAAUCGCUGGGCCACAAAAGAAUGUGAAAGGCAAGGUGUGGCUUCCGAUGGAGAGACAAAGAGACGAAUUCUUGGAGAAGAAAUUGUGAAAGGAAUACGCUUUCCGUUGAUACCACAGAAGGAUUUUGCAUCUGUUGUUUAUGAUUCGCGAAUCUUAAAUUACGAAGAGCUUGGAAAUAUGAUAAAAUACUACAACGGUAUUUCAACUACUCCUUUGCCGUUCUUACAAGCCAGUAGAAUGGAUUCCACUAUGCACCGAUGCUACAGGUUUCAAACGUUUAAUUCCCCAGGGGAACGCUGGUGGUACAGUGGAAAUACUGACUGUAUCAUUCUCACCGUCAAGAAGCCUGUUAAACUUUACGGAGUUCAGCAUUUUGGCUCCGAGAGCGGCGAGUAUACGGUUACAACAGACAUUGUUGAUCCCGUGGACAACACUUCGCUUGUGAGUCGAACGGGAAAUUAUACUUCAGAAAAAAGCGAUACCCAUGCUUAUUACCGCUUUGAUGUGUUGUUCGAUCGUCCUGUUAUUUUGAAAGCAGAUAAAGAGUAUUUGGUAAAGUCGCUCAUCAAGGGCCCUAGCUCGUGGUACGGCGACGGCGGGCAAACAUCAGUGGAGUGCCAGGGAGUGCAAUUUACAUUUAGUAGCUCGGGGGAUAGCUCUAAUGGGACCGGUAAAAACAGCGGACAGUUUCCUGGAAUUUUGUUUUCAGUAUCCAAGUAGAAAUUCUAACGUUACCCGCAUUGUUCCGUCAGCACUUUUUGCUCCAUUUUGCGCCGACACGAGUCACACAAAGAUAACUCUUAUUAUUUCUGUCGCUAGUUAUUUAGAAACUAAACAGAUAAUCACCAAGAAAAUUCUGAGAAUUGAAGUUGCGUGUGACAUAUGUGACUCAUUGCUGAUGCAAUUGUCUGGUGACAUCACGUCGCUAUUGAAAUGAGACAUGAAUGAUGAUUUAAGUUUCGUUCCCCGCGCUUCUUCUUAGGGUUGAAGGUAUUCAUAAACCAUCUCGCCACAAAUAAAACCGUGCAGAAAUAUUGCUGAAUUUUGAAGUUGUAAGAGCGAUGAACUGAUAGAAAAGAAAGGUGUUUGAAGACAGUGUUAAUUUUUUUCGACGGGUCACUCACUCUUGAGUUGUAAGAAGAGACAAAAUAAACAGAAUAAAUCUUCAGAAUACAAAUUGCCAGUUGUUUGGGGCGGUUACUCAGUUGUUGAAGGAUAUCAAUUGCAUCGUCACAUUAAACAUGACUUUGCAGUUUUCUCUUUCUCUUUGAUCGGAGAGAAAAAAAUUAUUGUCUUUGAACUGUUGCCUCAAAUAAUAAUUGAUGUCACAUUGUCUGAGAUAAGACCCUCACUAAAGAUACUGAGAGCAGACCAAAGAGAUACCUAUUGAAGAAAUCUGGCAAAAGAAACUUCUAACACUUGUAGAUAGAACCACUUCUAUUUUCAACAAUGAGUUACUAAGCGGUGUUGUUGUUCCUGUGUCGUCUGCUGAAAGUGAUCCCAGCUCACAAGUUUGUUCUUGCAGUCAGUAGUCCUGUGUUCUUUGCCAUGUUCUAUGGUCAAAUGAUGGAGACUAAAGACUAUUGAACUGCCAGACACCACAAAAAAACCUAUCAUGUAUCAACCAUCCCACGAUAUAACGAACAUGGUUGUUUUCCCGCAAAUUCGUUAAAUCGAGGUUUUCGAUAUAACGAGCCCUCGAUGUAACGAACCAAUUUUGCCAGUCCCUCAGCACUUCGUUAAAUCGAGGUUCCACUGUUACUGACGAACUUUACGUGUUAAUUUUCGUUUUAAAUUUUUGUAAUGGCCUUAUUUUUUAAAAGGCACCAAGUAGGUUCUUUGAUUCUCGCCCGCGCACAAGAUGGAUACACUGAUACUACGUGAACUGUUUCAUUUCCUUAAGUACAAUAAUUCUAAGAUUUGAAUUGAGAAAGGUUCUAUGUACCUCUUCUCCAGUCCCAGACUUCCCCUCCAUCAAUCCCUUCUACCAUUCAGCAUUGGGAGUUAUUACAUCACGGGCGACGAGCGGGAGAAGAAGAAAUGAUCGAAAUACAAGUGGUCAGCGGGGAAAGAACGUUAAUACUUCAUAUAGAGACAUCAAUUGUAAAAAAUGAUGAAAAUGGUGUUGUAAAGCCGAAAUGUCAACAGGAAACUUCACUAAAUAAAAUGUUAAGCAAUUUUUCAAAAGUGUUGAUUGCACAAAUAUCUUUUACUGCUGUAGUAAACAAUGGAGGCAUUGGAAAGGGUUUCGGUGGCAUCGGGAAGGGCAUCAAGAAGAAUCAUAUUUACGUUUUGUAACUUACAGCGUGAUGUGCGUGGCGAAAAAAGAAAACCAAAACCGUGGCCCCCAAAUAAUUCUCCCACCUUGCCCCAAGAAAUGUUUAAAUUUUUCGCAACUUCCCCUGUUCCUGUUGGUAGGUCAGGCCAAGCCCUUAUGGUCAUUGGCCCCCGUAUAGCCGCUAACUAUGGCUUAUAAAUAAAGGCGUUUAGUGUUACUUGUAAAACUCCCCGAAAAAGUUUACGACAGUUAGACGAAAAGCGUCGGAGAAUAAAGCAGUUUUAAAACUACUGUUCGCAGAGUGCUGCUCACCAGUUUAAUUCUAAACACUAUUUUAAAAAAUUAGUUGCGAUAGCUGAGGCCAGUUUUUCCAUGCAAGUCGUCUGGAUAUACCGUCUCGCUGAGACGCCUACACAACAUUUCUUAUUUAACUUAUUGGAACUCUUUACCUAAUUUUGCCAUCUCAGCUUCCAGUUUGAAUUCCUCCAGAACUUGAUUACUGAAUUAUCCCUCUACAUAGUUUUGUUUUGUUAUCUGGAAAUGAGAUUUAUUCAGAUUUUACUUUUUGUUCAUUGUUCAGUUGUUUCUCCAGCUUCUUUCUUAAAUAACGUAUAGUUAUUUAUAUUAGCCUUGGAGAGCAGUUUUUAUAUGGGAAUUCAGUUUCCCCCAUAUUGCUUUCCUUUACCUAUUGUACUUUUAUAUGGUAAUCAAGAUUUAAUGAAUAUUACAUGGUUAUUGUUAGUUAUUAAUUAUUGUUGUGGUUUUUAUUGGUAGUUAUUGUAUUAGUAGGAUUUUGUACAGUGGUAAAAGGCAUCAUUAAACUUGUUAAACUUUCACCUGCCGUUCGGUUUGGACGUUAAGUUUUCAUUCCAAGUGCAUUUGUUAAAUUGAAUAGGAAAAAAAAAAACACUUCGAACGGAAAACAGAAUUAUUUUAACAUCUGGAUCUUUUGGACAAAGGUCUCCUGAACGAGUGGCCUUGAUUACAAAUAAUUAAGCAUGGUUAACACAUUAGCCUUAACUUGGCUGUUUCUCGAAGCUCACUGUUUUCUUAUUUGCCUUUUUCCACGUAAAAUGGGGCGAUUGAAUUUACAUAAUAAACACUGAAAGAACUACAGCUGAUGGAAAUAUUAAAUUUCUUAUCUUAGGCUGUGGAUACAAACUUUUUAAUGACUCUAAAAAUAUAAAAAUCGACAACAAAAUUUUUGUAGAGUUGCUUAGCUUUUCAUUUUUCCGGAAUCGAAAGUCGAUAUUGCAAAAUUCAAGUGAAAAGCAAACCAACUGUGCGUUAACGAACGAUUGAACUUCAAGGAAAGCAACAUGUGGCUUAUUGCAGAUAUGUCCUCUAACGUAAUGUGAUACAGUGGCCAAUCAUAUCCUGUGAUAUAUUGAGCGACACGCGGCUUGGGACUGGUUAAGAGACUCCGUUGUAGUUAUGUCUUCAAGCAAAAGUACUCAUUCAAGGGGGUCGGGAUAAGUGGAAAAUUUGACCAGUAUUUUCCGGUAACUGAUCUGAGGAAAACAUGCUGUUCGCAUGAUCACUGCGAACCGGAUCAUUGGCCUCUCAUGUUGCUUUCCUUGAAGUUCAAUCGUUCGUUAACGCAGAGUGAUCGCAUCGUUGUUAUAACCUAAACUUGGAAGAACAAUUUGCUGCGCGUGUAUAAAUUGAAUAACAAAGCGACUUUCGACUAAAGGAUGCGUUAUUGUUCACGUUUUAUUUGCAGCCUUGCUUUAUUUGCAUUCCUCAUUGCUCGACUUGCGACUUCAAUGACAACAUAUUUUUAGCCACAAGCUAAGACAAAAGCACAAUGUUGCGUCAUAUCACAAUUGUUUUAUUUCCUUUAAUAGUUGAAGAUCAUAGAUUAUGGUUCGUCGACAUAAAAUUAUAUAUUUUUGGCACUUCACCUGAUCUGCCGGAGGUGAGUUCGACUGAGAAGUCCAAGUUGUGAUUAUCUGUCUGCGUCACGAAGUCUUCCUUCAAUCACAGAAGUUUGGCCUUCAGUUGUUUAUUUUGAGUACUGUUGGUUUUUGCCGUAUCGCACUAAGCCCUCCGUUAAAAAAAUUGAAGUGGUAGAUUGUGAUUUUAUUGCGGUUCCGCUGAUUUUAGCUGUUUUUUUUUUAGUACUGUUUCUAAAUUAUUGUAGGAUUUAUUGCACUUUUGGGUGGAUUUGUCCUAUUUUACCCUGUUUUUGACAAAUUCACACAAUGAUUAAAUCGAAAAUGGGGGUAAAGGUGGCUCUGGCAAGUCAAUAGGAUAAUGAAUCCACCUAAAGGAUGAAUUUCACAGAAUUUAUCCCGUUUUUCUAGAAUUCAUUGGAAAAAAAAUUGAAAAACGGGUUGAAGAUUGGAUAUGGCAACUUGGGAUCUAUUUCAUUUGGAGAAUAACUUUUCAGAUUUUACCCUGUUUUUUGUCAAAUUCACUGAAAAAAAUGGAAAAUCGGAGUAAAAAUAGCAUAUGGAAACUUCGGGUAUUAUUCACUUGUAGCAUGAAUGCUCAGAAUUUACCCCGUUUUUCUCGAAUUCACUUAUCAAAUGGAAAAUCGGGGUAAAGAUGGCAUAUGGGAACUUAGCGUAUUGCUAGCACUUGCGGGAUGAGUUCGCAGAAUUUACCUCGUUUUUCUAGAAUUCAUUGUAAAAAAAAAUGGAAAACCGGGUUAAAGAUAGCAUGUGGGAACUUAGGGUACUAUUCACUUGUAGUAUGAAUGCUUAGAAUUUACUCCGUUUUUCUCGAAUUCACUGAUCAAAUGGAAAAUCGGGGUAAAGAUGGCAUAUGGGAACUUAGCAUAUUGCUAUCCGGCUUGCGGGAUGAACUCGCAGAAUUUAUCCCGUUUAUCUAGAAUUCAAUGAGAAAAAAGCAUUGAAAAUCGGGUUGAAGAUUGGAUAUGACAACCUAGGAUCUAUUCCAUUUGAAGGAUGAAUUCUCAGAUUUUACCCCGUUAUUCUAUGGAAUUUUCAGAAAAAAAAAGGGAAAUCGGGAUAAAGGUAGCAUAUGGGAACUUCGGGUAUUAUCCUCAAUUUACGUCUUUUUUUUCUAAAAUUCACUGAUCAAAUGGAAAAUUGGGGUAAAGAUGGCAUAUGGGAACUUACGGUAUUAGCUACUUGCGGGCCAAAUUCUCAAAAUUUACCCCGUAAUUCCAGAAUUCAUCGAAAAAAAGAAAAAAAAAUGCAAAAUCGGAUUAAAGAUUGGAUUUGACAACCUAGGAUUUAUUCCACUUGAAGGACGAAUUCUCAGAAUUCAUCCCACUUUUCUAGAAUUCAUUGAGAAAAGAAACUUUUUUUUUAAAAUUCGUAAUUUUUCCCCUUUUUUUCAUUUUUAAGUAAGACUAGCAAGCCGCACAAAGAAACACUUCUUGUAGUUGUAAGCUCCUCGUUUAUUUCCAACGCGUUUCGUCUCUAAUUGAGACUUCUUUAGAGAAUGACUACAAUUAACGGGGAACAGUAUAUUACAUAGCACGUUGGUGUGCCUAAGUUUUUAAUUUCCAUGGAAGUUAAUAAUAACUGAAAGCGGGCGUUAUAAAAAACGUCUAAAUACAUAUUAAGUUAUUGUGCGUUGCUUUAUUUUGGGGGCUAAUGAUUAGCGCUAAUCGUAGAAUUUAUCGCCGAAAAAAGAAAUGGAAAAUUGGGGUAAAGAUGGCAUAUGGGAACUAAAGGUGUUAUCCACUUUUAGCAUGUUCUCAGAAUUUACCCCGUUUUGCUAGAAUUUAUUGAAAAAAAAAUGGAAGGCAAGUCAGUAAGAUAAAUUCCACUUGGAGGAUGACUUUUAAGAAUGAACCCCGUUUUUCUAUAAUCAUUGAGGAAAAUGGAAAAUCGGGGUAAAAUAGAUUAGAUGUGGCAGAUCAAUAGGACAUAUUCCAGUUGGAGGAUAAUUUACUAAAAUUUGUCCCGUUUUUCCAUAAUUCCUUGAAAAAAAAUUGAAAAAUCAGAGUAAAGAUGGCAUAUGGGAACUAUAGGUUUUAUCCACUUGUAGCAUGAAUUCUCAGAGUUUACCCUGUUUUUCUGGAAUUAAUUCACUAAAAAAUGGAAAAUCAGGAAAGAUUUGACAUGACAAGGUAGGUUAUAUUCCACUUGCGGGACAAAUUCUAAGAAAUUGUCCCGCUUCUCUAGAAUUCACGAAAAAAAUGGAAAAUCUGAGCAAAGAUGGCAUUCGGGUAAUAUCCACUUGUAGCAUGAAUUCUCAGAGUUUACCCUGUUUUUUUGGAAUUAAUCAGAAAAAAACCGAAAAUGAGGGAUGUUCCGAGUUAUAAUUUAUUCCAAUUUUAAGAUAAAUGGACACAAUUUAGCCCGUUUUCAGAAUUCAUUGAAAAAUUCAUUUGGCAUGUCGGGAUAUAUUCUUUUUAUGAGAUGAAUUUUUUUUCUAGAAUUCUCUGAAAAUAAUGGAAAAUCGGGUAAAGAUUACAAACCACAAGUUGGGAUAUGUUUCACUUGUAGGAUAAAUUGUCUGAUUUUAUCUCAUUUUUACAGAAUUCUUGGAAAAAUGCAAAAAAUCGGGACAAAGAUUGAAUAUGACAAGUUAGGAUGUAUUCCAUUGACAGGAUGAGUACUCAGAUUUUACCCCGUUUUUCCAGAAUUGACACAACAAACGGAAAAUCGGGGUGAAGAUUGAUUAUGAAAAGCUAGGAUGUAUCCCACAUGUGGGAUUAAUUGUCAGAUUUUACCUUACUUGUCUCUAAUAAACGAAAAAAAUGGAAAAUUAGGGCUAAAGAUUUGAUUUGGCAAAAUUGGAAACUCGGAGUAAAGAUAGCAUAGGUGAGUUAGGGGUAUUAUGAAUUCUCAGAGUUUACCCCAUUUUUCUAGAACUAAUCUAUUAAAACAAAGGAAAAUCUGGGUAAAGAUUUGACAUCACAACUUAGGUUAUAUUCCACUUGCAUGAUGAAUUGUCAAAACUUAUCCCGUUUUCUAGAAUUCGUUGAACAAAUGGAAAAUCAGGGACAGAUUGGACAUUGCAAGUCAUGAUAUUAACCACUCGUGGAAAGAAUUGUCACGGUUUACUCCGUUUUUCUAGAGUUAUUUGAACAAAUCGGGAUAAAGAUUGGAUAUGGAAAAGUUAUGAUAUUAUCCACUCGUAGGUUGGUUCAGAAAAUGGAAAAUUUGGGUGAAGAUUGGAUUUGGCAUGUUGGGAUAUAUUCUACUUGCUGGAUAAAUUGUAAGAAUUCGAUGAAAAAUGGAAAAUAGCGGUUAAUAUUGGAUAUGUCAAGUUGGAAUACAUUACAUAUACAGGGUACGAGCUAUUUGAUUGUUUUGAUUUUCGAAUGCGCUUAAAACAUGGAAAUGCAUGGGAAUGAACAGAUAUACCGCAUUUGUAAGUUAGAUCGCCGGAAUUGCACCCUUUAUUCGCGUAAAAGAAUGUUGGGAUGGGGGUAGGUGUCGAAAGGUUACCCUCGGGUGAAGUCAAUAAUUUUAGCCGGUACAUUGUAGAAUCCCAGCACAAAGCCUGGAGAUUAUUGGACAAAUAUCACCGAGCCUGAGGAAAUUUUUAUCGCUGGAAAAGAGAAUGUAGCCUUCCCUAUAAAAUAUUUAUCAGUCUGCAAGUUUUGAUGCUAUGUUUCACCACUGUGAUGUUCUUAUUGUUGAGACCGGUCUGUAUAUUACUCACACCCUUGGAAUUUAAGUCAAUUUAGCGUUAAAAAAAGUUUUCAGACAAUUGGAAAUUUUCCCAGAAGUCUCUGUAUACACAGAUGCAUGUGCAUAUAUUGACGGCAAACUAUUGAUUUAUUUGCUUGACAAGCAAAGUGUACAUAUUCAUAGAGGACUACGGGUUCUAUGCACCGUCAGAUAAAACAUUGUCACAGAAUAUUUAAAGAGUCGAGUGCAAAGGAAGCCAUUCCAAAAGGAUCUCAUUCCAGAGAGACAUCUGCCCAAAAAGCAGUAUGCUUAUAUGAGAAAAGAAAAGAAAACUUAAGUAAUUCAGAUUUAAUCAAAUUUUUAACAGAUGACAAUAUUAACAAGCAUUACUUUCUUGUCACUAUUAACAUGCAUCACGAAAGAAGACAAUUGAGCAAUAACUAUUAUUCAUGCUAAUACUAAGUCAAGGCUUUGUCACAGUUUCUUUCUCAAAAAGAUAUUGUAGAUGAAUAUGAAGAGUGAUUUUAUCCAACCGGUGAAAUUGGUCAUAAACUACUGUGCUUUACAAAAUUUUUGGUUUAUGUCAUGUUUUCCACGCACAACUUGGGGAGAACCAACAAUCAAACAUGCGUGCUGGUGUCAUACAGGUUUGUUUACAUACUGUUUCAUGGGUUGAGUAAAAUCACUCUAGUUGUUCCUUUUUUAAUGUUUCAUAUAAAUUUUGGUUACCUUUUUCCUGCUAUGAUAUCUUUUGUUGAUAAAAUCAUCUUGAUAAAUAGGAUACACUGUAAGUGUUUGGAACAAAUAAACACUUUUUUUGUGUCAUUUAAGCAGGAGUGAUUGGUGCUAAAUAUUUUUUCUAACCACAUGUGCAAACCGUAAUUAAUCUAACUCAAAAUUCAGUCUUAAAUUGCUCAUCUAACAAACAAAUGGGUAGUUUAAAAAAUAAAACUCCUUCAGUUGUACUUGAACAUGCAACACUUCCAUGGAAAUAAACAUCUUCAGUACAAAUAAUUCAAGUAAAUAACUUCAGGUGAAAUACUGAUUUUUUGGAAUUUGUGAAAUAUAAAGUAGACUACACUGCACUAAUAUACAAUAAAUCCAUUCUAUCCUUUUACUCACUUGCAACUAUUUGGCUCUAACUGUUCAGUACUAUUUGACAGAUUACAGAAAGUAACUCUGUCCUUCCAAUUUGCCCUUAUAUACUUUUGAAUAAAACAAAGCAGUUGACACCAGAUCGAGGAGUCAAGGCUAUUUUAUUCACCCAUUCACUCAUAAUGGUUGGUAAGAUUUCUUUUUUAUAUGGGUUGCUGUAAACGUAAAUAUUUGAAAUAAAUUCUUUGCAAUUUAAAUGUUUGUGUCAUUUUUUAAAAUUUUACUGCUCUGGAAAUGCACUGGAUAUGAAACUCUGGAACUAAACAACUCCAAAGGAGGUUUUGUGGACAAAUUCAUGGGUCUGAUGUGAACAUGCUUAAGAGGUCACAUUCUCUAUUGAUGUUCUCUGGCCAUGUCUAGGUACUAUUAACAAUUUGGAGCUGCGGAAUUUUGGAUAUAACUUGAAUUAGGCAUGCUUCAAAACCCAAUUGAAACUGUUAGAGUGAACGCAUGACCUGUUAGGUAUUUAAUUAUUAGUAUUACACUGUGCCAAAUAGCUUUCCUUUACUGAUUUUGUUUGAAAGUCUUUCUCCUCAAGUUGCCUCCAUUUCCAGUCUCUCCACAUUCCAUAAUGAUGCUGUUUUGUAAUGCUCAAUAAGACCCAUCCAUCACUAUCAACUUGCUUUAAGAUACUUGCCACAUCAGUUCUGUGGUCUCCUUGGUCCAAAAUUCCAAGGCUCUAUCCCACUUGUAAUGAAAAAUCUUUGUCUCAACCUACCCAUCCUUACCUGCCUCCAGUAAUCAAAAUUAACCUUUUUUCUGUUGUCAUCACUGCAUGGUAACACCCUCUUGGAACAUUUAUCCCUUUCUCCUUCCUUUCUCCUCUUCCUUAGUUUGAAAAGAUAUUGCUCAGUGAUGGCAUUAAGGCCUUGGAAUACCUUCCUUCCUUCUUUCAAAUAGAGAAUCUGUAGGGUUGGAAUCUGCGAAGAAAAUCAGUCUCCAUUAGAAAAGAAACUUUAAUGACACUCAUCUGAUGAAAGACUGUCUUUAUCAAAUUGGUAUUAAAAUGCACAUUUGGCCUACUUUCAUUGGGUUGGUUGGACUUCUUUGCUAAUGAAGUACCACUAACCUUGAGUAUCAGUAUGUUAAGGAUAAUAUGCUAUGAAUUAACUCAAGGGACAAUGAAAACAACCUCAUCCUUCUGUUAACACAACAAACAAAUUUAGCAAUCAAAGAAGGAACAUCAAUCAUUAGAUGUAUUUAUAAUAAUUUCCCUUAAAAUUUAUUGCGGACAUAAGGCACUAAAAAACAUCCAAAACUGGUCAUCAAAGGACACAUAAAACAAAAGCAAUAGUAAUUAUAAUUGUAAUAAUAGUAAUAAUAAAAAUAUUCCCCUAAACUACUUGGCAUGUUACAAGAACAUCUCUGCAUAGUAUAAAAUAAUAAUAAUAAUGAUAUUCCCCUAAACUACUUAGCAUGUUACAAGAACAUCUAUGCAUAGUUUUAAUUAAUAAUAAUUAUAAUAAUAACAAUUUUUUUUUAAACCAGAACUUUAUUCAUAGAUUUUAAAAAAAUAGACUAUUUACAGAUUCAAGAAUAUGAAUAUUAAAAUAUAUACCCUAUUGUACAUUCUUCUUGUGUACAAAAGAGAAUUGUCGUAAAAUGACUAUCUAAAGCCUACUAAUAACAAUUAUAAAAAGCAUCAAAAAGUUAAUAAAAUAAAAAGAAAUAAAAAAUAUCUAAAAAUAAUAGUUCAAACUGAUAAAGAGUUAUACUACUUAAAUUCUGGCUUGCGCACUUUCCGAUGUAAUGUCAAUGUCAUAUAUAUUGGCUGCUCUUCUCUUGCUCCUGGUUCCUCUGAGACACAGCAAGGCUGAUCGUAGGAUGGCAAAGGAUACUUUCGCCCUUAUCCAAGAUAUGGUUGUAGCGUAAUCAUCUCCUUUCUUUAACGCAAGUAGCUCUGCGAGGCGGCUAUGGAAUCUCUUGCAUUCAUCGGCCAUUCCACCUGUGCUUGUAAAGACUAAUGGUGUGAAUGUCCCUUGCUCCACUUCCAAAACCCGCCUGCUGUAUUGCCUCUUUCGGAGACAGACUCGAUACGAAUCUGCGUUUGGAUGGCACACCCGAACAUCGGAGAACGCAGAUUGCUGUCUGUCCCAAAACCCGCGAGGGUGAACAUCUAGUUGGGCUAGAUGUUAAUAAUAAUAAUAAUAAUAAUAAUAAUAAUGAUAAAGUAAGAGAAAACCUAAACAGAAGAAAACUAUAAAUCACUCAUAAAUUCUGCAUACCUCAUAAGAAGCAUCUUUGGGAGGCUUGAGGAGCUCAAAAAGGACAAAAUCUUCAUCAUCUGGUUCACUGGCUAUAAAAAAAGCACACAAUGCUUUCAUUAGCAAAUAACAAAAAACAAACAAGGUUUAUAGAGAUAAAUAAUUAUGGAACAAUGUAGCAAAAAACUCAUCUUACAAAAACAAAGAGACAAAGAGUGAAAAUGGUCAACAUAAUUAUUAACUACCUUGAAUAUUGUUUUCAUUUGACAGCUGUGUCUUUGUCCAGUAGUUGAAUGUCUAAUGGUGAAAGAGGAGGGAGGAGAACAUAUAAAUCAUCAUUAAUAUUGUCAUAAUCCUCCUCAAAAUCUCCUGAUUCAUACUCACCAGGAAAAGCAACACCAAAACCAGCAGAAACCUCUUCCAUGGUUUUUCCAGUACUAGAUGGAUUCACUCCUGUUUUGCAUUUCUUGAUUCCAUCUUCACCUAUUCUUGCACUGCUGUCUUCACCAGCACAAUGCACAAAACAGUAUCUGCCAGUUUUUCAUCAACAUAUUUCUGGCAUCCAUUGAAGCUACAAUCUGCUAAACAAAAUAUAAUAUUUGUAAAUAAGUACUAGCUAUCUAUGAUUGCUACCUUUAACAUACACUCACUGAUUAACCUUUUAUACCCUAACAUCAGUAGGCAUAUUCUCCGUACUGUUCUCUAUACAUUUCCUGAACUGUUGACAAGGAGAAUUUGUUUAAAAAUCAAGAGCUUUAUAAGUUGUUGGUCAUUUCCUUGAUUCAUGUGGGAUGUGGGGUGAUAUCAGGGGUGAUUUUGUAAUGAGAAAUUAGAGGCUGGCCACUCUUAGGGUUAAAGGGUUAAGAUUUUUUCUUUCAUUAAUGUAUUGCAAACUGUACAUAACUAGUAAAGCAGAUCCCCCAUGCGAACUGAAUUCCCAGUUUUCUGGGAAUUCCUAGGAAUUCCUAGGAAUUCCUAGGAAUUCUCAAAAAUUCCCAAUGACCCUUGCAAACUGAAUUCCCAGUUUUCUGGGAAUUUCUGGGAAUUCCUAGGAAUUCCUAGGAAUUCUCAAAAAUUCCCAACUAUGCAAAUUAACUCUGAUUUAAAAAGCUUGGAAUUACUGGGAAUUUCUGGGAAAGGAUUAGACUCCAGUUUUGUGAGGACUUGGAAUCCCUAGGAAUUCCUAGGAAUUCUCAGCUUUACAAACUACCUAUAAUUUAAGAAGUGUGGAACUCUUGGGAAUUUCUGGGAAUUGAAUUUGAGGCAAUUUUAAUACCCUGAGGUCCACAUAAAUUCUAAGAAAUUCUCAAUACCUUGAAUGUGAAGGUUUUAAGAAAAAGAGUAAUUUCAGAGGCUUAAAACUUUGGCUCAAUAAAAGGUAUGCUAUACAAAACUUACCAAGAGAUAUACAUACAUGUACAUGUUUAUAACUUAAAGAUCAUGAAAUUUAUUACUCAAACUAAGUUUUAGUAAAUCUUUACAUUAAUAUGGAUUUUCUCAUGAACCAGCUGUCAGUUAUGUUAAAUGGAAAUUGCCAACUUCCACAAUAAUUAACAAUAAUUACAUUGUUGUCUUACUUCCCUAACCUACAUUACUGGUUGCCUUUGUUAGAAAACCUUGGAACAGUCAAGCUCAGUUGCCUCAAACGCUGUCAGAGACUUUUUGUUGACAAUACUUUUAGUAGAAAUUUCAUGCCUUCGACAAACAAAUUCAACACCUAAUUAAUCUUUCUUUUUUCAUGAUUGUUGUUGCUGCUUUUUUUUUCAGUUUUUUGCUCUAUUUUCAUGACUAAUUGCUGUAAUUUGUUUUGCUGUUUUUAUUCUUACAAAACAUUUUUGUUUGGAUCAUCCACGCACUUUGCGAACAUUUGGCAUGCAGACAAGACAGAGGUAGUCAAUAUUCCCUUUGAGAAAAAACACCUUUUAUAUGACGUCUUCAAUUUACUUUACUUGAAACUCUGAUCUGAAAAUAUUUGUCAACAAGACUUGUUAGUAAUGAGAAGUACCAACCAAGUUUCCUUUCAUAACUUAAUUUCUUAAAUGUCCCAAUCACUGGAUCUCCCAAAAAAUAUUACAUCUUUUUUAUUUUUGGUGCAAAUUACAAGUCCUUCUUUAUAUAAAAAUGAAAAGUGCUAGUCACACUUCAAUAAUAACAGCUCUUAAGUUUACUUGUUGUUCUUCUCUGUCUGUCAGCUAUCAACAAAAUUACUUUAUACUUCGGGCAGUGCAUAACUAUUUGUGGACCAGAGUUCCAACGCACCUCUGUAAUCGCAUAUAGCUACUUCUGUCUCUUGUACAAAUGUUUCUCCUUUGUAAGACGCACUCUACUCUGUUGUCACUACUGCUUUAAGUUCAGUGGAAACGACUGACUGAGGAAUCGAGAUGGCGGUGUUGGAACGUGUUGCUGAACGCUUGCUACGGUCAAGCUUUGUAGAUUUAGGUACUGGUACACUGGGAUCAUCUGUGUAUCUCUUAUACUUCCGAAUUUGGUAUCCUUCUUUUAUACAUAUGAGGGUAAAAGACGAUUUGUAGUCGCAUUCAAAACUGUGAUUGGCUUGUGUUAUUUCUCACCUUUGCCAUUAACACAACUCAAGUGAGUUUUGAGUCUUUGUUUCCUCGACAACUUUCGGCCACAAAUCGUACAUUUGUAAUACGAUCGAAUCUUGUCGAUUAUUUCUACAUAGAGUGAGCUCACAUCUUUAUUUAUAUCACCAAGCUAGCUAUUCCUCAUAGCCAUCUUAAAAGCCUGGUCUGAGCUUUAAAUAUACAUAUUUUAAUAUAUUAUUUUUUUUCAAAUUCAGAUGUCAAGGAAUCCAGAUACAAAAUGGUCAAGGUUCUUGUAGACAACCUCAUUCAAGGCCAACUCAUUGUGAGCCCAGGAAAAAAAAUACAAACAGCACAAACAGCAGCUAAGUUUGCAGUUUAGGAUAACUUCAUUCUAAUUUAUUGUUACAGUUACAACAAGAUUUUAAUCAAAAAAUCAAUUUUAUUUGUCUGUAAUUAGCCCCUUCACUCCCAAGAGUGCUUGGUUUUCAAAUAUAACUUAAGAUAUUGUAUUUUAUGGAAAAGAAUCAACAGAUUUUAUUCACAAUUUGUAUCAAACCAAAUUUAAUGAUUGAUUAGAACUAUUUUAUAUGAAUAGCUGUAAUUGAGGAUUAAUCCGUAUGAAGUUUUCAAGAAAAGAAAAAUAAAUCAAAUUCCAUCCUAAUAUUACCACACAUUGAUGUUAAUAAUUAAUCAAAAAUAUUUUACAUGUAAGCCUUAAUUAAGCUUCUAAAUAAAUUUUAUUGAAUACUUGAAUUUUAGCUGGGUUUUUUUGAUUUAAAGUAUUUAUUUUAUAUCAUAAGCCUCAAAUUCUUGCUUAAAAUUCCCAGUAAUUCUUAAACAUUCCUAAAAAUUCCCAAAAAUUCCCAGAAAUUCCUAGGAAUUUUUUAGAUUUACAGCUUUUCAGGGAAAGUCAUUGGUUCUCUGAGUUGGAAUUCCUAGGAAUUCCUAGGAAUUCCAAGUCCUGUUGGCUAUAAACUUGGAAUUUCUGGGAAUUUCUGGGAAUUUCUGGGAAUUUCUAGGAAUUUCUAGGUUUUUAGAACCAGAGUUGUUAUGGUUGGGAAUUCCUAGGAAUUCCUAGGAAUUCCUAGUCCGAAUUUACCGUGAAAAUUCACACCUUUAUUCCUAGGAAUUCCUAGGAAUUCCAAAAGCCAUUUCGCAAGGGUAACCACAACGGAAGACACAACUGCAACGCUACAACCGUUUGGUUAUAGUAACUUCGUGAGCAAAGUCUCAGAGAGCCUGGAAACGAGGAAUUUACUCCUUUGCGUCACUCGAGGAACAACUGUGACACGUCAACUGAUUCCCUUAACGUCAAAGGUUUAUAGUAUUCAAUCGAGUUUAAUUUGUGAAGAGAACUGAGAGCAAAACCUAGCAAUGGCUACUGAAGAUAAUUGGCAGACGAAACUUCCAACUCUCGUUGAAAGAGCUGCGUUCAUUUUCAACAACGAGAUAUUGAGCGAUGUGAAGUUUGUCGUUCCUAUGUCAAUUGGUGAAAGUGAAAGUAAGAAGGUGAUCCCAGCUCACAAGUUUGUGCUCGCAAUCAGUAGCCCUGUGUUCUUUGCCAUGUUCUAUGGUCGUGUGGCGGAGACUAAAGACUCUAUUGAACUGCCUGACUGUGAGUACGAGAGUCUGUUGGAGUUGUUUCGUUUUUUGUACAGCGACUAUGCGAAUUUAAGCGGAAAUAAUGUGAUGCAAGUGCUGUACUUGGCGAACAAAUAUCUGGUGCCCUCGCUUGUCGAGGAAUGCAAAGAAUAUCUUCGAGACAACCUGAUAGCAUCGAACGUGUUUUGUAUUCUGCCACACGCUCAGAAAUUUGAAGAUGAUGACUUAGAAGAUCAAUGCUGGAAAGUAAUUGAGGAGCAGACCAAAGAAGCGAUGACGUCGCAUGAAUUUGUUACAGUUGAGCGAUCUGUAGUCGAAUCUGUUGUGAAGAGAGAAGUGUUAAAUGUGACGGAAGUGGAACUGUUCAAAGCUGUUAAUCGCUGGGCCACAAAAGAAUGUGAAAGGCAAGGUGUGACUUCCGAUGGAGAGACAAAGAGACGAAUUCUUGGAGAAGAAAUUGUGAAAGGAAUACGCUUUCCGCUGAUACCACAGAAGGAUUUUGCAUCUGUUGUAUUUGAUUCGCGAAUCUUAAAUUAUGAAGAGUUUGGAAACAUGACAAAAUACUACAACGGUCUGAUAAAUACUCCUUUGCCGUUCUUAAAGGCCAGUAGAAUUGAUUACACUGUGCACCGAUGCUGCAGGUUUAAAACGUUUUGUUCCCCAAGGGAAUACUGGAAUUACGGUAAGACUCCUGUCUGUAUCAUUUUCACCGUCAAGAAGCCUGUUAGACUUCACGGAGUUCAGCAUUUUGGCUCAGAAGGCGGUGAGUAUACAGUUGUAACAAAAAUUGUUGAUCUCGUGGACAACACUUCGCUUGCGGUUCGAGCAGGAAAUUAUGCUUCAGAAAAAAGCGAUGCCGAUGAUUAUUAUGGCUUUGAUGUGUUGUUCUAUCGUCCUGUUAUUUUGAAGGCAUAUAAAGAAUACAAAGUAAAGUCGUUCAUCAAGGGCCCUAAAUCGUGGUACGGCGAAGACGGGCAAGCA